AAGGUAAGAGAAUUUCCUGAUCAUUGAAACCUGAUGAGCAGUACAGCAAGGAUAUUCCAUGACCAUCGCAACCUGAGGAGAAGGCGACUAGUACAGUACUCUUGACUCACGUGCAAGAUAGAAUAUUAGAAAUUUAACAAUGUUAGCCUUAUCAUGACGAUGACAACUUGAAGGAGAGAGAGAGGGCAGGCGUGAGGAAGAAGGGGGGAGAUUUUGGUGUGGUUUAUUUCUUCUAAAGUUGCUUCAUUUGGUGGAAAUUUUUUAUUACAGUGUUGAUUUGUGGUUGGAGCUUGAUACUAUUUUAAACGUGGUGGUGGUUAAGAAAGGGCUUUUAUUUUUAAAAUCCUUGGGAUUAGUUUGUUCCCUUCCUGGGAGGAUUUCUUUCUGCAGAUCGGCCAUGGAUUCACGCCUUCCUGCUCCCCACGAGGCGCACAGAUAAACAACUGAAUUUUAUGCUUUAAAAAUCAAGGAAGACAACAAUGACAGUUUUCUACUCCAGCUCUACUAAUCAGGAUGAGAUCAUGCCUAGCCUAUACCCGCGAGAACCAGCUCGUGCAACAUAUACCGAGAUACCAUUUCAAGGAAAUAUGAUGUAUUUUCACCAUUCAUCUUCUGCUCCGUGUACCGUGAAUGCGCAGGAUUCAUCUGAAGAAGCAGCCAAUUUGGUGGCAAAUCGUUUUGGCGAAAAUAUGUAUGAUUCUUGGAGGGAAGGAAGAAAUGAGAUGUUGUUGAUGCAGACAGUUGGUGGAUCAACAAAUGAUGAUUCACAUUUGAGUAUUUUGAGUGGCCAGAACUUCCCUCUUAGUGGUUCAACAAUGCAAGGUCAAGGGUUAUCUCUCAGCCUUGGCACACAAGUUUCAGUGCCUACUUUUCAUUAUUUGCCUGCUACUGCAGAUAUAUCCUUCUCUGUUCCAAAUCAGCCAACAUCAUUAAGUGAUGGUUCAUGUAAAAAAAGCUCAAUGAUCAAGCAUGUCCAGGUGAAUUCCUCCCAUCCUAGUGUUCCAUAUCUCAUGAGCUCCACCCUUAACUUGAAUUACCUGAAAGCAACACAAGAGUUGCUUGAUGAAGUAGUUAACGUUCGGAAAGUUUUGAUACAAAAAAGGGGUAAAAACCAAAAUCUAGGUGACUCCAGUGGUUUCACUGACUGCAAAGAGUUUGAUGUAGGCUCAAAGAGCAAUGAGGUUCCAUCAAUGCCUAGGGAUGAUGCUGCCAGUUCAACCAAGGAGCUUUCAGCUUCUGAGAAGCAGGAGUUUCAAAACAAGUUGACAAAACUUAUGGAGAUGGUUGAUGAGGUUGAUCGAAAAUACAAGCAAUAUUACCAUCAAAUGCAGAUAGUCAUGUCUUCCUUUGAUGUCAUAGCCGGUGCAGGAGCCGCUAAGCCGUACACCACGCUUGCCCUUCAAACAAUAUCCCGCCAUUUCCGGUGUCUGAGAGAUGCUAUUAGUGCUCAGAUACAAUCAACCAGGAAAAAGCUUGGGGAGCAGGAUAAUGGUGAUAGUGUUCGACUGUCCCGCCUCCGCUACAUAGACCAGGAGCUAAGACAGAGGAGGGUGGUGCAGCAGUAUGGAAUACUGCAGCCUCAUGCUUGGAGACCACAAAGGGGCUUACCUGAGAACUCGGUCUCGAUUCUUCGAGCUUGGCUGUUUGAGCACUUCCUCCACCCAUACCCAAAGGAUUCUGAGAAGCUAAUGCUUGCACGACAAACAGGUUUAACAAGAAGUCAGGUAUCAAACUGGUUCAUAAAUGCACGGGUUCGCCUUUGGAAGCCUAUGAUCGAGGAAAUGCAUAAAGAAGAGCUUGGUGAUAUUGACAUGGACUCUAAAUCAUCCCCUGACAGGCUACAGAAAAUUCAAGAGGAUAUGAGAUAUACCAUUGGCAAAGAUGAAGAUCCACAGAGUUCUGAUGCUGAAAAUUGUAGAUUGAGCCAUUCCAAUGAACCCUCAAAAUCCAAUCCCAUUAUUGAUCCAGACACUUCUGGUUCCGGUGUUCAUUUUGAUCACAAGCCAAGGGAUGAAAAAUUGGCUGGAGAAGAAAGUAGUCUGCUACAGACUGACAUUAGCAAUCCUGAUGAUGGAAGUGGGAGGAUCAUGGCUUAUCAGAUGGCAGAGUUGGGUCAAUAUGGAACUGGUAUGGUCUCUCUAACACUUGGGCUCCAGCACUGGAGCUCGAAUCUUCCUGUAUCAAAUGAUCAGCAUAGCUUCAUGUCAGUGCGAGGAACCGAUGUUUACAGCUCAAAUUCUUCGCCAUUAGAGGCAAAUGUGGGGAGUUAUGUUUUCGAGAACAUCGGAGACCGGCACCAUGGUUGUGCUGGUUCUUUGCAUUUCAUGCAAGGCUUCACACCUUGAUGAAGAUGAUAACUGUUACAUAAAUUGUAGCAGUUCUAAAUGAUAUCUUGAACCUACAUUGCAGUUAUCAUUAGUAUAGAGAUUUGAGAUAAUCCUAAAACAAAAAAGAAGUGCAUUGUUUAGGCAUUAGAGGGUUGCAAAUGCUUGUGUAAUAUGUAGAGAAGAAAGGGUCCUUGUAAUUACUGCCAUUUAUCAUCAUCCAACCAUUAAAAUGUUUGUGGAUGAGAUAGCUAUUAGGCAUUGUAGGAUUGAAUAAUUCCCAGUUAUGUAAAUAACAUUGGGAGCCUUUGUGUGAAGGUAGCUUGUAAGUUGAACAACAAUUAUCCAGGUUGUGUUUUUGUGAAUCACAAACUAUGCCAUGGAUUUGGCAUCUUGUUGUUUUAUUGUUAUAUUAUUUUAUGUA